AUGGGCAAGUUUAACUAUACGCCUUCGAGCAUUGGACUUGGCAGCACUUUGCCCGACGUCUGUCAUCUGACGUUGUGUCCUCCGACGCGUGCCGUCCGACCAUCCGACGAGUGCCGUCCGACCAUCCGACGAGUGCCGUCCGACCAUCUGGCGUGUGCCGUCCGACCGUCCGACGUGUGCCGUCCGACCAUCCGACGUGUGCCGUCCGACAUCUGGAGCCUGCUAGUAGCGUGGGACCUGCCCUGGGACUGGCGUGUGCCCUUGAUAGUGAAGCUUCACGAUCGUCAGUGGCUGGGAGCGUACGUUGUGAGAAGUUCCUACCAACCGGAGCCUGAGCUAUAGGUUUCGCCUACUUUGUGCCAGUUACCCAUUUCAAUAAAUAUAUUGAACUUGUGACAUAGUCACCACAUAUAUUUUGUUUC